AUGGGUAGCUUAGAGAGCCUGAUGAAAAUGCUUAGUAUAGAUGAAGAAGAGAAAUGGAUAAAGCAUUAUAGCAGUUCUCAUAAGAUACUACUAGUUGGAGAAGGUGAUUUUUCUUUUGCUGCUUGCUUGGGCCAAAACUUUGGCUCUGCUGUCAAUAUGGUUGCAACUUCUCUGGACACAAAAGUCUCUCUCGUGGCCAAGUAUUCAAGAGCUGCAGAAAAUUUGAAAAAGCUGAAGGAUUUUGGAUGCACAAUUCUGCAUGAAGUAGAUGCACAUACAAUGAGCUGCCAUCCUCUUCUCCAUUGGCAAUUGUUUGACAGGAUAGUCUUCAACUUUCCUCAUGCCGGUUUCCAUUACCGUGAACAUGACAGCUUGCAAAUUGAGUUGCACCGAAAUUUAGUGAAAGGCUUCCUACGGAAUGCACGUUAUAUGCUGGCGGAGAAUGGAGAAGCUCACGUGACCCACAAGACUGCCCAUCCAUUUGAUAGGUGGGAGAUUGAGAAGCUAGCAGAGGAUGUUGGUAUGUACUUGAUUGAAAAGUCCCCUUUCUUUUCAUGGGACUAUCUAGGAUACAGUAAUAAGAGAGGGGAUGGGAUCAGGGCGGAUGAUAGUUUUCCUGUUGGAGCUUGCAGUACUUUUAAAUUUGGGAGGACUUACCUUAGGAGAACGAGAGCCUUGGCUCUUGACACUCUUGUCAUGUUUUCUGGUUUCGGUGGUUAG